UCGACCAAGAAUUUCCGAGUCAGCGAUGGGGACUGGAUCUGCCCGGACAAGAAGUGUGGAAAUGUUAACUUUGCUAGAAGAACAAGCUGUAACAGAUGUGGUCGAGAAAAAACAACCGAAGCCAAGAUGAUGAAAGCUGGUGGGACUGAAAUAGGGAAGACACUUGCUGAGAAAAGCCGUGGCCUUUUCAGUGCAAAUGACUGGCAGUGUAAAACUUGUGGUAAUGUGAAUUGGGCCAGAAGAUCAGAAUGUAAUAUGUGUAAUACCCCAAAGUAUGCAAAGUUGGAGGAACGGACAGGAUAUGGAGGAGGUUUUAAUGAACGAGAGAAUGUUGAGUACAUAGAACGUGAAGAAUCGGAUGGGGAAUAUGAUGAGUUUGGUCGCAAAAAGAAAAAAUACAGAGGGAAACCAGUUGGUCCUGCAUCUAUCCUGAAGGAAGUAGAAGAUAAAGAAUCUGAAGCGGAAGAGGAUGAAGAUGAGGAUGAGGAUCUUUCCAAAUACAAAUUAGACGAGGAUGAAGAUGAAGAUGAUGCUGAUCUCUCAAAAUACAACCUUGAUGCCAGUGAGGAGGAAGAUGCUAAUAAAAAAAAGAAAUCCAACAGGCGCAGUCGUUCUAAGUCUCGAUCUUCCCAUUCACGAUCUUCAUCACGCUCAUCCUCCCAUUCAAGCUCAAGGUCUAGGUCCAGGUCCCAUUCAAGAAGCUCUUCCAGUUCCAGAUCAAGAUCUCGUUCCAGUUCCAGAGAACAUUCUAGAUCUCGUGGGUCGAAAUCAAGAUCCAGCUCCAGGUCCUACAGGGGGUCUUCAACCCCAAGAAAAAGAUCUUACUCAAGCUCUCGUUCAUCGUCUUCUCCUGAGAGAGGCAGGAAGCGAAGUCGUUCUAGAUCUUCAUCGUCUGGUGAUCGCAAAAAAAGACGAUCGAGAUCACGGUCACCCGAAAGACGCCGCAGGUCAUCAUCUGGAUCUUCCCACUCUGGUUCCCGUACAAGUUCUAAAAAGAAAUAGCAUAUUAAAGUUCACAUUUAAAACAAAAUUCCAGUCCAGUGCAUGAGGCAUAUUUUAAGAAGUUGGUGUCUUAUUUGGUCAGAAGUGCUAAAACUGCUAGUAGAGGUGCAUGUCUGUCCUUGCUUUCUGGGAAACUGCAGCUUUGUUCAUUCAUGAAACCAGUACAAAAGAGGGAGAGCAUUUUAAGCCAUAAACCCCCAAAGUGAAUAUGCAGUUUCAUUAUUCCAGUUAUCAUUUCAGAUAUUAUGUAUCGGUAUUAUUCAGCAGUGUAUAGGGGGGCACUUUGUUUAUUUUAAGAAUAUCUGUGUGAUUUUUUUUUUUUCUUCUAGUGUUCAGGGGUCCAGUUAAAUUUCUUGUAGCUUCCUGAACUUUAAUGGAGGCAAGUUACUUUGUUGUGUGUGGGUUUAUUCUCCCCAAAACAAUCCUACCUGCCACAAAUGGGAAGGAGUAUUUCAGAAUGUGGAAGAUAAUUUAUUUAUUUGAACAUAUUGUACAUGGCAAUAUGCUCCUAAUUGAUUGAUGCACCCCUUUUGGGACCAUGGAAAGUUAGUGCAGCUCUAGUUAGAAGUACCCUCCCAAGCAAGUAGGAGGGGAGUUCUUAGCUGGUUUUCUUUUGGUGUUUAUUUAAUGAUCGGUGCCAUUUUUUUUCACCUGUAUGUAGGGCUGAGGAUUUUGAUGCUUCUUUACACGCAGCCUUAUGCCAGAUAUUACAUCGGGUGAAUAAGGUUUCUUUCCCCCAACUUGAAAGUUUUUUAUGCACUCUUUUCUCCACAGCUGAAGUCUCAAAGCUGUCAGAAAAUCUGGAAAUAUUUAGGCUCUUUGCUCCUUUCUCUUAGCUAAUGCCUUAUCUUAUUGUAAUAGGUAUUAGGUGCACUACUUUCCUGUGUGUGAAGGCUGUCAUUCCCUCUUAGGAAGGGGGCAGACUUUUGUGCACAUAUAGUGAUAAAAGCUACUUUUAAAGGUAGGGGGUUAUGAAAUAGACUUCUUGCAAUUAUAGAAUGAUGCCUCUAAGCCAGCAAUCAGAGAAGAAUCUGGGCCAAAAAGAGCUAAUUUUUGAGCUGUCUAAAUUUUGCGUAUAGUAAGUAAACUGCAUAUACAAUUCUGAGAUGUAAGUGUGUUCUUCUAAGAAUACAUUGUUCUUCUCCCCCUAAACUUGUAUACACUUUAUGGCUUAAAGUGCUUUCCAGAUUUUGUUUUACUAGCAAUAUUGCAUUAAAACUUGGUCACUCUUGAGCUCCGUUUGGUUAAGAAAGUUUUGUGUUGACAGUAUCUUCGGUGCCAUCGCAAGGUAAGUAUAUUGAGAGACAAUAACAUGUUCUUACCAAAAAAGCAAUAUAUCUGCAAUUAUUUGAAUAGUUGAAUUAUUUGAAAUGUUCAAUCUUUGAUAUUUGGUUUUGUAAAAAUGAACUGCACAAAGA